AUGAUACCUGGAUGUGUCUCAUUUCAUCGACAGGUUUGGAAUGGAAAUAAUGAUGAAAGAAAUUUGGUAACAUUGUUACCAAAACUUCUCCGACUAAAUGAAAAGUUACAGCAAAUAAAUAUCGUUCACAACAAUGAUCAGGUUAAUGACGAAGAGGAGUACGAUAAUGAGUGGGUGGUAGAAAUCAUGGGUGGACCGUAUAAAGCAAAAAAUAUCGCUCGGGCGGUCGGAUAUAAAUAUAUUGCUCCCGUUCGCGGUUUUGAUAAUGUCUAUAUUUUUUCAAAAAAAAAUCACAGAGGAAAAAGAAAAGCAGACAGUAAAUCAACGUUUGAACUUUGUCGUCACAGACAUGUACUUUGGGCGCAACAACAACGAGUUCAUAAACGAUUUAAGCGUGAUCAUAUUAGUGCUACUUCUGCAGCUUUUAACGAUGCCAAUUAUAACAAUGAUAAUUUUUUUAACGAUCCAUUCUGGCCUCAACAGUGGAAUUUGGUUGAUGAUGGCAUACAGCACAAUCAUACGGAUAUUGCCAACAACUAUGAUCCUCAAGCCUCAUAUGAUUUAAAUGACAAUGAUCCUGAUCCAAUGCCUAAAUUUAACGGACUGAAUGGGCAUGGUACUCGUUGCGCAGGUCAAGUUGCAAUGACACCGAAUAAUUCAUUUUGUGGUGUUGGUAUAGCAUAUAAUGCUAAAAUAGGAGGUGUACGAAUGUUAGGUGGUAAAGUUACAGAUAGGAUUGAAGCAGAAGCUUUGAGUUAUAACAUCAAUCAUAUCGAUAUCUUUUCUGCUAGCUGGGGACCAAUGGAUGAUGGAAAAACGGUUGAAGGUCCCGGACGUUUGACACAAAAAGCCAUCCUAAAAGGCAUUCAACAAGGUCGUAAUGGGAAAGGUGUCAUUUAUGUUUGGGCAUCGGGUAAUGGUGGAAUGCAGGAUGAUGAUUGCGGUUGCGAUGGCUACAUCGAUAGUAUUUAUACGUUGACAGUAUCAAGUGUAACCGAAGAUGGUACAUCACCAUGGUAUGCUGAAAAAUGUGCUGCCACAUUAACGUCUACAUUUUCCAAUGGUCAUCAUGGGAAGCAAAUGAUCACAACAACCGAUAUAGAAAACAAAUGUACAGAAACUUUUGCCGGAACUUCAGCAUCAGCUCCAAUGGCAGCAGCAAUUAUCGCACUUGGCUUAGAUGCAAAUCCAUCAUUAACAUGGCGUGAUGUACAGCACAUCGCUGUUUGGACUUCAGAUCCUUUGCCAUUGCUUUAUAUUAAUGAAGGUUGGAAUAAAAAUGCUCGAGGAUUGCUCAUCAACUCACGUUUCGGAUUCGGAUUAAUGGAUGCGAGCGCAUUUGUUAAGGCUGCAAAAACUUGGGAAAACGUACCGGAGCAACAUAUUUGUACCACGAUUUUUCCAACUUUUUUAAAACGCGAAAUAAAUGAUGAAAGCACAACCGUUAUUAAAUUCCAAACGAAUGGUUGUGAGGGACAAAAAAAUGAAAUAAAUUUUCUGGAACAUAUACAAUUGGUGCUAGACGCAUAUUAUCCCAUCCGUGGACAUCUUUCUAUUUCGAUUACUUCACCAAAAGGUACUAAAACUCAACUUCUUUCGGUUCGCCAUAAGGAUAAAUCGUCAGCUGGCUUUCAUCAUUGGCCAUUUAUGUCAGUGCAUACAUGGGGAGAGAAUCCACGAGGACUUUGGCAAUUGGAUAUUGAGGACAAGGUUAAGUGGCCAAAUUUGUAA